GGGCCCUGGUUACGCCUCCUCUGGCUCAGUCACACAGCUGACUGGUAGGUGACUGGAGGUGUUCCCUGAUGUGGCCCCAACCCUGCCUCCCUCCCCACCCCGCGAUGUUAGAAGAAACUCGAGAGAGCAAAUUGGCAGCAGCCAAGAAAAAGCUAAAAGAAUAUCAGCAGAGGAACAGCCCUGGUGUUCCGGCAGGAGUGAAGACAAAAAAGAAAAAUACUGGCAGUAGCCCUGAGACAACCACUUCUGGUGGUUGCCACUCACCUGGGGAUAGCCGGUACCAAGAACUGGAAGUAGCCCUGGACUCAAGCUCCGUAACAAUCAAUCAACUAAAUGAAAACAUAGAAUCAUUGAAACAACAGAAGAAACAAGUGGAACAUCAGCUGGAAGAAGAAAAGAAAGCAAACAAUGACAUACACAAAGCACAGACGGAGCAGUUAGAGACAAUCAACAUCCUCACAUUGGAAAAGGCAGACUUGAAGACCACCCUUUACCAUACUAAACGUGCCGCCAGACACUUCGAAGAAGAGUCCAAGGAUCUGGCCGGCCGCCUGCAAUGCUCCUUACAGCGUAUUCAAGAAUUGGAGCGGGCUCUCUCUGCUGUGUGUACACAGCAGCGGGAAGAGGACAGGUCCUCGAGCCGCAGUGAAGCAGUCCUCCAGCGGCAGUUACGGCAGACCUUAAAGGAGCGGGCGCUGCUGAACGCACACGUGACACAAGUGACAGAGUCACUUAAACAAGUCCAGCUGGAGAGAGACGAAUAUGCUCAACAUAUAAAAGGAGAGAGGGCCCGGUGGCAGGAGAGGAUGCGGAAAAUGUCGGUGGAGGCUCGCAUGUUGAAGGAGGAAAAGAAGCGUGACAUACAUCGGAUACAGGAGCUGGAGAGGAGCUUGUCGGAACUCAAACCCCAGAUAGCUGAGCCCCCAUCCCCAGCACCCCCAGCAGGGCCCUCUGAGGUGGAGCAGCUACAAGAUGAGGCCAAACACCUGAGGAAGGAGGUGGAGAGUUUGGUGGGAAAACUCCAAUCCCAGGUGGAAAACAACCAGGCCUUGAGUCUCCUGAGCAAGGAGCAAAAGGAGAGGCUUCAGGAGCAGGAGGAGAGGCUCCGGGAGCAGGAGGAGAGGAGGCUUCGGGAGCAGGAGGGGCUGUGUGAGCAAAAGGAGAGGCUUCAGGAGCAGGGUGAGAGGCUGCGAAAGCAGGAAGAGAGGCUGCGAAAGCAGGAAGAGAGACUGCGAAUGGAAGAGGAGAGGCUGCAAAAGCAGGAGAAGAGGCUGUGGGAUCAGGAGGAGAGGCUGUGGGAGAAGGAGGAGAGGCUACGAAUGCAGGAGGAGAGGCUUCGAAAGCAGGAGAGGCUCGCACUCUCCCAGAACCAAAAGCUCGACAAGCGGCUGGCCAAGCCACAGUGCAGCUUCAAAGAUCUGAACAAUGAGAACAAGAGCGCACUGCAGUUGGAGCAGCAAGUAAAGGAGCUGCAGGAGAAGCUGAGUGAGGAGCACGUAGAAGCAGCCAGCCAGCAGAAUCAACACCUAGAGGCCCAGUUGAGCCUCAUGGCUCUCCCUGGAGAAGGAGAUGAAGGAGGUCAUCUGGAUGGUGAGGAGGAGGAAGUGCCUCAGCUCAUGCCAAGCUUCCCAAAGGACCAGGAGAGCCAGGAGGCCAUGAGCAGCUUUAUGGACCUCCCAAAGGAGAAGGUGGACAGGAAGGAGCAGGUGGAAAAACUAGAGCUUGGAUUCAUCCAGCUCUCUGGAGCAAGAGAGGGCAUGAGAGAGUACAUCACCAUAUAUGAGAGCCAUGGGGCAGUACCAAACACACGGCACCAGGAGGACAUCAUCAGGCUGGCCCAGAAGGAGGAGGAGAUGAAGGUGAAGCUGUUGGAACUGCAGGAGCUGGUGUUGCCACUCGUGGGCGACCACGAGGGGCAUGACAAAUUCCUCCCCACUACACAGAACCUUGGUGAUGAGCCAGCUCCAGGGGCCCCAGCCCCCCAAGAGCUUGGGGCUGUUGAGGAGCAGGGUGAUCUUUGUGAGGUGAGCCUGGCUGACAGCGUGGAGCCUGCACCCAACCCCACUGCACAGAAGAUCGUGCAGCUGCUUCCUGUAAUGCAGGACACCCAGGAGCACUCAGGCUUGGCCAGCAAACCCUGCGUCCCAUUCUUUUACCGGGCAGCAGAGAACAGGGAGAUAAACAUCAUCAUCAUCUGAGAGCUGGUCAAGAAAUUUAAAAUCAACAACAACGAAAUGUGGUUAAUCUCCUACACAAUUCAUUUACUUCAUUUGAAUGUUAGAGCCCCUCAUGUUUAUUUGUGUUUCUAAUUUAGAGUUUAAAUUUAUUUAUAAAAAGUUAAGGGAGAGGGCUCUUUCCCUGAUGUUCACUCUGGCAUCCUUUAGCAUUUUUGUUUUUUAUCUGAUAAUUGUAGGUUAUUAGCAUGCGUAUUGAGUUUGCCCUUAUGUGGUGGGAGUUCAAACACACAAAGACCCACUAUUUGCACAAAACUAUUCUUGCUGGUUUGGAAUAGGCUGCCAUGCUUUUUAAAUGUUAUUGCAGCAUGUAUAUUCUUUACAGAAUUCAGAUAAAA